AUGCCCCCGAGCCAGGUUGCACUGCCAGACUCUGACGAUGAUUCGCCCCACGCCUCUCUUCUAAGCCCUUGGAGACCUCCCCGAAACUCGCUGUCAACAGGAAGAAGUUCACCGUUUGUGCCGAGCCGAACAACCGCGUGGCGAGAUGAAUUAAUCAACAAUGCGGAGAAGAUCCGACGUCGCGUACAGGCCGUUUGGCAUAGAAUGACACCCCUGCAGCGAGUUCUGGCAUGUGUUGGACUUGUCGUCUUCCAUGCUCUACUCAUCUUAUUCCUUGUGUUCAAUGAACGCAUCUUCGGCUGGCUGGAGCCUGUUGCCGAGCGCUGGAAACACACCCCGGGUGGGUGGACGAUUCUAUGGGCGGUGACUUUUUUCACUGCUUUUCCACCCAUCAUUGGUUAUUCGACCUGCGGCACCACCGCCGGGUUCGUGUAUGGGGUCUGGGAAGGAUGGUUCAUACUGGCAACAGCAACAGUGGCGGGUUCGUUCUGUUCUUUCAUCGUGUCCAGGACAGUCCUGCGGAAAUGGGUGGAGCGGAUGGUGGCCGACGACAAACGAUUCGCCGCGUUCACCCUGAUCCUGAAGCACGAUGGGUUGAAGCUGUUAUGCAUGAUCCGACUCUGCCCUCUCCCAUAUUCCUUGUCGAAUGGAGCCAUGGCAACGUUUCCCACGGUCCAUCCUGCUAUGUAUGCUUUGGCUACAACACUAGUCACGCCCAAACUGCUCAUCCACGCCUUCAUUGGCAGUCGAUUGGCGGUGAUUGCACGAACCCGGGAGAAGAUGACUCUUGCGGACCGAGCUGUCAACUACAGCAGUAUUGGGAUAGGUGCCGUGAUAGGAAUCGGAGUCGGCCUAUACAUCUACCGGCAGACCAUGGCUCGAGCUAGGGAGCUCGAAGCCGAAGAAGCGGCCAAUAUCAGAGAUUCCACGCGAAGGACUGGCCACAUCCCCAGCGAAUUCAGCGAUGACCCCGAAGCACAAGUGGCAGCGAGCACGUUGGCCCGAGACGAUGACGCGCUGGACUAUUUCGACGAGGCUCCUCCCGAGCAGUUGGAAUACCAUGAUGAGCCGACUGAUGACGAAGACGUCUUUGGACACGGCGACGGUGCCGGGGAAGAGGUGAUAGCUAAUAUUAGUCUUCACCCACAGAAGAAAUAG